AGAAACCUUAUGAAAGUAGUGAAUGUAUGGAGGCCUUCAGGAGUAAGACAGUACUUCAUGUGCACCAGAGAAUCCACACUAGGAAGAUGCUUUAUGAAUGUAAGCAGUGUGGGAAGGCUUUUCCCUGCAACUCAGCACUUAUUCGACACCAAAGUAUUCAUACUGGAGAGAAACCUUACAAAUGUAGUGAAUGUGGGAAGGCCUUCGGGAUUAAGACAAAACUUAGUGAACAUCAGAAAAUUCAUAUUAAAGACAAUUCUUUUUGAAUGUAAGGAAUAUGGGAAAGCUU